GGGAGGUGAGUGCUGGCAAGGCGCUGCCUGAGGGAAACUCUGUCACCAGAGGACCUGGCCAGAGGGGCACGAUGAACAUCGAAGUGCACAACAUCACUUACACCAGCGCCACCGUGUCCUGGGCCACGAGCAGCCCCUGCCCGGAGAACUACUACCACGUCAUGUACCGCCCCAACUGGAACAGCGUCUUCGCCGGCUACCUGCGGCAGAACUUCCACCGCGAGGAGCGCGUCCGGCACCCGCUCAGCUCCCUGGUGCUGCACCGCCUCACACCAUCCACGAUCUACGUGCUCUGCAUCACCUGCAAGAACUCCUACCCCUCCAGCAACCACUGCACCACCUUCCACACUCUGGACAAAAUCCCCCUGGUUUUCGGCGGCUCCAAGCACGAGCCCACCACGUCCAUGUGGAUGGUGAGCAGCCUCCUGCUCCUCUGCUUCCUCGCCCUCCUGGCCUACGGCUGCCUGCAGCUCUGGUCUGCGCGGUGCCAGCGGGCUGCAGGGCUGAAGCACCCCGACAGCAGCCCCGAAGAAGUGGUGGAAAGAAGCAGCUCACCAGAGGAGCCGCUGAGUGAUGGACUGAGAGAGGAGCUCCUGGAAGUGCCCAUGACCACGGUGCUAAUGAGGAGCUCCAGCUUCAUGAAGGAGAGCCCGUAUAAUUCCCCUCACUGCUUUUUUUCCUAUAAAAACAGUGAUGACAAAAGGGCCAUCUUGCCACAGCAUGGCCUUCAAUGAAAACAAGAGAAAAUAAAAUCUUGCUUAGGGGUUUGGUUUGUCCGGCUCUUUCCCAGCUCUUGCCAAAAGGACUGUCUUGUGCGUCCACAGCAGCUGUCUGUCCCAGGGUAGAACAAGAGGCAUAGACAUGGGUCACAGGAAAAAAGAUUUUUGUCAAGUGAUACAAUUACUCUCAUUUGCUGAGGAUUUUUAAAUAAGAGACCAAGUGAGCUCUCUGGGAAAAGCCAGGCUUGGCAGACUGUAGUGUCAUUAGCUCAUGUGCAUCAGUGCUGUGGGUUCACUUCAGAGUCAUCAAUCAAUGUCCACAAGAAAUAAACUCUACUCAAGUAGCGUCACACUUGAGUGCCCCUCCACUAGCAUCACACCCCAAGCCCUUGUAACGCCUGUAUAAACAGUGCAGCCUGAGAAAAAAGCUUCUUGUCAGCAUUAAGUAGCGCACACACAAGUAUUUUAGUAAUCCCCAUCUUGAACAGAAAAUGGGAUUUCUGGAGCAGUACCUUCCUUGGGGAGCAUCACUGCAUCAGAGCACUAAGUUGCUCACUUCCCUGUGCAUUUAGAUGGAUCAGUGCCAACUCAAGCAAGAGCAGUGCUGACAUCCCUUAACAUGGGCAUUUUAUGGAGAAGAAUACAAAAAAGCAAAAGCAACAGCACACUGGAUCUGCUUCUUGCAUGCCCGUUUGGUUGCACACAGCAAUGUGACCCCGCUCACUGGCACCCACCGCUCUGUUAAUGAACUAAUCCUUGCAUUUCUUUCCCUUCCUAAAUAAAUACUUCCAAUACCCACCCCA